AUGCAGGACUCAACAUCAGACUCUGAAUAUGAGUAUGAGUAUGAUGCGACGGAGACAGAGACGUUCUUCGUCAACAUCGACUUGACCUCGUACAAUGGACCCCUCCGUCCACCGCGCGGACAAGCACCGUCAGCACCAUCAGCACCAGCAGACCAACCCGAGAGAGCCGACGAAGACGCUGAAGACGCCGCAUCACCGCCAAACGAAGACCGGGCAGAAGUGACAGGAAAACGCAAACGGGUCGACGCAGAACCCCUAGACGAUAUCGCGGCCGAAGAUGAGAACGAUGAUCGCAUACAGAUCAUGGAAUUGCACAGCCGGAAUCCAUACAUCUCCUACCGAAAUCAUAUAUUCAGUUGCGAGUGGGCGGAUAUGAUUGGCACGGAUAUGCAUUUCGUUCGUCGCGAGGACUCGGAGCCCGACCCGACAUAUCUCAAGCACACAGACGGGUAUUCACUGAUUGCCGCAAACCCAAUCAAAAUAAUAGGCAGACGAGCGCAUUUCGCUCGUCCGUCUGCCAAUGGUGCACAAGCCGAUGCGACGGAAUCCAUGUCUGCGCCCAUUUCGAUCCAGGCAGAGAACAAAUCUUCCCAAGUUCGCUUUCUGCAAGAACUCAUGGACAUCAAACGCGAAAAGGGCGAGACGGAUAUGGUGCGAAUGACGUAUGGGUCGAAGCGCAACCAGAAUUUCGAAAAUAAGAUUAGCGGAUGGGCUCGUACCGAGGAGCGAAUCAAUACGAUUCACCAAUUGAACCGUGCGGCUCUUGCGGGCGAUCAAGAGGCGUUGGCCAAGUUGGAGGAGUUGUAUAAUCAGAUAGAGGCGAAUCUACCGGCUGAUUCGGCUGAUACGGCGCCAUCUUGA